UAUUUUCAAUGAAUGGUUUUGUUUUUUAAUCUGUUCCUUAGCUAGUCAAAUGAAUUUCGGGCGUAAGUUUGAAAAAAGAAAACAGGUAAAAAUAGAAAAAUAUCCACGCAAAGUUUUGAAAAACCCGUAGGCAUCAGCUGGUCAAUUUUGUCAUUCUCGUGACACCGAAAAAAGCCAAUGGAUCCCCCUGUCUUUUGCGAAAACCGGGGCGGAGAUGCUGCCAGCCGCGGGGAAAAUGUCGCCUGCUAGGCUUUCCCGGCAUGUUUUGAGGCUAUACAUUACUAGAACUAGUCAGUGCUCCACCCCGUCGCGAACGUACCGCCUGGCGCCCGCCUCCUGGUCUGCCGGCAGCCGCCUGCCCACACUACAGCCUGUCCAGGUCACCGGCAGAUGGCAGGCCGGUCUGGCCAGCCGAGGACUCCGCACCUCCGCGACACUAGGUGACGAUGUGAAGGUGGUCCAGGUCCCCGCCUUCGCCGAGUCCGUCUCUGAAGGAGACGUCCGCUUCGAGAAGGCCGCCGGAGACUCCGUCAAGGAGGAUGAGGUGGUUGCCGAAAUCGAGACGGACAAGACGUCAGUGCCGGUGCCGGCGCCGGCGGCCGGCGUCAUCGCCGAACUGCUGGUGGCCGACGGCUCCACGGUCAAACCGGGCACCAACCUGUUCAGCAUCAAAGUUGGCGCCUCCGGCGGCGCCUCCGCUGAGAAAAAGUCCGAGCCGGCCGCCGAGGCGCCCAAGAAGGAGGAGCCCAAGAAAGAGGAGCCCGCCGCCGCGCCCAAGUCGGAGCCCAAGCCCUCCGCGCCGGCCUCCUCCGCCGCCCCGGAGAAGCCGUCGGAGUCGUCCGACACUGCCGGACCGAUCCCGUCGCGACCUCCGGCGAGCAGCGGCUCGCGGCCGUCGGCGCCGUCCGCCUCCAUCCCUGUAGCGGCCGUGCGGCACUCGAUGGCGCUGGAGAAGGGCGAGGUCAAACUGCCGCCCGACGACCCCACCAAGGAGAUCACCGGCACCCGUACUGAGCAGCGUGUGAAGAUGAGCCGUAUGCGUCAGCGGAUAGCGCAGCGACUCAAGGACGCCCAGAACACCAACGCCAUGCUGACCACCUUCAACGAGAUCGACAUGAGCAACAUCAUGCAGCUGCGGAAACAGCACCAGGAGGCGUUCGUCAAGAAGCACGGCAUCAAGAUCGGCUUCAUGUCUGCCUUCGUCAAGGCGUCGGCGUACGCGCUGACCCACCAGCCGACCGUGAAUGCGGCCAUUGACGGAAACGAGAUUGUGUACCGCGACUACGUGGACAUUUCGGUGGCCGUGGCCACACCCAAGGGCCUGGUGGUGCCGGUGCUGCGUAGUGUCGAGGGGAUGAGCUAUCUGGACAUCGAGAAGGGCAUCGAGGCGCUCGGAGCCAAGGCCAAGGAAGGCUCCCUGGCCGUGGAGGACAUGGACGGUGGCACGUUCACUAUCAGUAAUGGCGGUGUGUUCGGCUCCAUGUUCGGCACGCCCAUCAUCAACCCGCCCCAGUCGGCCAUCCUCGGCAUGCACGGCAUCUUCCAGCGGCCAGUGGCCAUCGACGGAAAGGUGGAGAUCCGUCCGAUGAUGUACGUGGCGCUGACGUACGACCACCGGCUGAUUGACGGCAGGGAGGCGGUCACCUUCCUGCGGCACAUUAAGGCGGCCGUCGAGGACCCGCGCGUCCUCCUCCUCGGCCUGUAGGGGUGCACAGAGCGGCCGGCCGCCGCGGCGGUAGACGUGUGUGCUGGUAGGGUGCAGUGAACCGGCCCUGAGCGGGUGGGACGGCGAGCCGCGCGGCGGCCCACCGUGCGUCAGUCGAGCGCGCGAAGUGUGAGCUAUUAUUGUGUCUGAAGUAUGCACGCUCUCGAGUGUGAGAUCAUACCAAAACGGUUUGUUAGCGGCGGAGAAUUCAGGCAGCGCGUCGUGUCUGGUUUUAUACGCGGGAAAUUCUCUGUGAUCUUUUCCCAUGGUACGGUGACGGUGACUGAGACUGAGACUGAGUCCUCACUGGGUCUGGACACGCGGCGAGACAGACACACUGUCAGACUGCCUGAGCUGGGAAUGAACUCUGCCUGAGCGGCGGGCGGCGGUCCGCCCGGCCGGACUGUAUAUAUUGUUAUCACCUGUCUCCAGCGAAGUGGAGUGCAAGAAUCGCCGCACAUGUCUGAAUCCUAUUGGCUCCGGGAGUGACUCGAACGAACGACGACCGAUUGUAGAUGUGUCAGUGAUGUAUGAAUACAGGAUUCCCCCAGUCUGAUA